AUGCCGACCCUGCUGUUCAAGUACAUCAUUAUCGGCAACACCGCGGUGGGGAAGAGCGCGAUCCUGUUGCAGUUCACAGAGCGACAGUUCCGCGAUGCGCACGACAUGACAAUCGGGGUCGAGUUUGGAGCCAAGGACGUGUCGAUAGGAGAUGCCCAGGUUAAGCUGGAGAUCUGGGAUACGGCGGGACAAGAGUCAUUCCUCAGCAUCACGAGAUCAUACUACCGUGGGACCGACGGCUGCCUGUUGGUCUUCGACAUCACCGACCGAAAAUCCUUCGAGGCGCUGCCGCGGUGGCUGGAUGAGGCGAGGAUGAACUCGGCGAAUCCGGAUCUUUCCGUCAUGCUUAUCGCCAACAAAGCAGAUCUCGCCGAAAAACGGUGUGUCACGACGGAGGAGGGGCAGGCGUUCGCGGACAAACACGGCUUGCUGUUCAUGGAGAUGUCGGCCAGAAACGCAGCGCAGGUGGAACGAGCUUUCAUCGGGACCGCGGAAAGGAUAUUCUCGGAUUUAGAGGCGCAUCCACGCAACAAGCCAUCGGGGAUCCAGCUGAAGCCGGAAGAGAUGUCGGCUACGUCCAGAUUCAAGGCAGAAUGCUGUGAAGGGGUCUGAGCACUGCUGAGAGGUUUCUCGAAAACACCAUCAAGCACCUGCCCGCCGGGUAAUGUGUGGACCAAGAGUCGGUUGUUUAGGCCGGCUGAAAUUUUGCGAAGGGCUCGGAUUGAUCGCCGUGUUGCCGUUUCGGUUUUCAUCUCUCGGUGGCAGGCAGUUCUUCGGGGGGGGAGGACGCCUGUUGUAUGUUGAAUAGUAAAUGCUUGGCAAUUCCUGCAAAGGUGUUUAAGGGCCGUCGCUGGACCCAACCCCUUCACUACUGCUGUACUAGUUCUUUUUUUUUUCCAGCUCUUCCUCACUGCCUGCCUCCAGUGCACGCGGUGGUGUUGUCUGUCGGAGCUUGGUUUAUUUUUUGUCGGAAAUAGUCUUGAACAAAGGCCGCAACGCGGCUGUGAUCCAUGGUUUGGUUGCCCUGCCCAAGGUGUUAUGGCAUUGCUCGUGCUUUGCCCGUCUUCCGUGUUGGCUGGCGGGCACAAACCUGCUCCUUUUGUGCGGAGGGAAACGUGCCCCGACUUGGUCGGGGUGGAGAAGUCGAGCAUCUCGAGGGGUGCAACCCGUAAGAGACACGUUUCCGAUGUCCUGCGGCGAAAUCCGCCAAUUAUCCCGCGAUGAACGAUAUCGGAGACUCACUUCACCUGUGUUUGCUUGCGUGGAGGAAGAUGCAUGCUGCUCGUCUCACCUUUGUAAGUGCACUUGACCUGUGUAUGUAGUAGUUGGAGUUGGGUUUGGACCGCGCCAGCCAUGAAAGCUCUCGUUUUCGGACUGAAUGGGGGCCUGUCGGUUCGACCGCAUCAGUGGUGUGACGGGUUGCCCCUGCGUUCUUCCUGGUGCCAUUGUUUUCAUUUCCAAAUAUGCGUAUUUUGCCCUCCUCCCGUCAUGUGGGAGCAGCACUGCAGUAGUCGCGAUGCCUUCGAUAAGUUUUUCGUUCCUUCAUCCUGCGUCUUGGCGCAGGUUUGGGUGCCCAGCAUCGUGGGCUAGUUGUGGAGGUCGUGCUUCUGUGUACAAUAGGACUACUUCAACAAUUUUCUUGGUAGCAUGUAAUACGCAGCACUGCCGCUGUUGUUUGACAAAAUUAGCGUCGUUUUUCUUCCUUUUGUUGGGUUACACUUGUUGCUUGCCUUUUAGUAGACGUGAUGUUGUCAUUUUCUCUUAACUCUGCAUGUUGUCGUUGACGAUCCUAUACCAGUAGUGGUUGGUUGAAAGGUGAGUUUGUUGUAGUGGAGUUUAGCUUUCUGUUUUGAGUCCGUCACUGCCGCACAGCGGCAGCGGAAGGCUGGGCGUUACAUAUUUUCUUGAUCUCAUCCAUGGUUUAGUGGAGGAAUUUCUCUGGAUUCUGGGCACGCCGCAAGUGCGUGGUGUGAGAGUCGAUUUUUUUUUUUUUUUCUCAGCCCAAAUUGUUACGAAGCUAUGUGCUGAUCGUGCAUUCCGAUUUGAAGCAACAACGGGCGCGUCUUUUUUUUGUCAAAGGAUUUUUGCGGUUACGAGAACAGUGCGGAAGAAACCGAGUGUGGCGGAUCGACCGACGCCGGUGUCGACGCCGAUUCUCGAUAAAGAACUGCUUUCCAGGCGAAGCCCGUCCAUGUUAUUGAAUGUGAAAUCAGAGUAUUUUGAGUUUUACUUGAGGCGCCUCGGGCGUGGGGCGUUGGUGUGUCUGAAGGAUGCUUUGUCAGAGUAUGGAAGUGGGUUAUACAGCAGUAUGUGAAAACAAU